CGAACCAAGACCCACCACGCGCGUCGUGACGUCAUCACGCCAUGACGUCAUCGUCGCCGUACCCCCUUUUGUCUAACGUCUCAGCUUGAGUUUUUAGGAGGACCAUAAGGAACAGUGUACGAAGAUGUGUUUUGAAAGAACUUUGUAUGCAUUGUUAGUGUUGUUGCUAGUGUGCCAUCAAGGCUGGGCACAGGAACAGUGCUUCGCAGACGGAACAGCAGAAGAAGAGGAGGAAUGCGACUCCACCUCACCUGGCAGGUCUCACCUGACCCCCCACGAUGAUCCCGAACCUGUACCUGACACAGGUGUACCCACUGAGGAGACAGCCGCUAGAGACUGUGUGGAAGUUUACGAGCGCGGGUCCGUCACCAACGGUGUGUACGUCAUCAAGCCGCUCUCGUACCCGGGCGACCCGUUCCCAGUGUACUGUGACAUGGAGAAUAAGAACGGCGGUUGGACGACAGUUCAGCGGCGACAGGACGGGACAGUGGAUUUCAACCGGACCUGGGAGGAGUACCAGCUUGGGUUCGGUGACCUUGAGGGUGAGUUCUGGCUGGGACUGGACAAGCUGCACGCGCUGACCAGCGUAGGGAAGUACAUCCUGCACCUGGACUUCACUGACUGGGAGGGGGGCCGCGCCUUCACGGAGUACAGCAGCUUCAGAGUGGGAGGGGAGAAGGAGGACUACACCUUACACCUGUCGGGGUACUUCACAGGUAGCACAGGUGGGGACGCCAUGUUGCGUCCCGUGUCGCUGAGCGGCAAGAAGUUCUCUACGCGCGACAGGGAUAAUGACGAGUGCGGUUGUAACUGCCCAGAGAAGUUCGAAGGUGGUGAUUGCCGGUGGGACAAUGACGAGUGCGGCUGUAACUGCGCGGAGAAGUUCGGAGGUGGCGGUUGGUGGUACUGGCGAUGCGGGGACUCGUACCUGAACGGGAAGUACCACAACUCCCACAAGUGCGAGACCAAGCAGGGCAUCGUCUGGGGCCCCUGGAAACAGUCCUUCAAACACUCGCUCAAGGCAGUCAGCAUGAAAAUCAGACUUAUAGACCUCUGA